UGUCCAGCGUCGUCUUUGGGUUCCUGCUGUACCAAGGAAUCGUGCAGACGUCCUGUUGUGUACCAGUGUGCAAGAUGCGUGUCCUCCUGUGUCUGUCGCUGCUGCUUGCAGUCUCCACUCUUGGCGUGUCCGCCAGGAAGAACUGGGCGCUGCUCAUUGCCGGCUCUGCUUCUUAUAUGAACUACCGUCACCAGGCUGAUAUCUGCCAUGCCUAUCAGGCCGAGGUCAAAAGACUGACUGGACGUGAAGGCAAGGUCAUUGACUCCGGCCCCGAUGACUACGUGUUCGUCAACUUUGCUGACCACGGUGGCCCUGGAAUCCUUGGAAUGCCAGAACCCCCAUACCUGAAGGCCACAGAUGUUAACAAAGCCCUGAAGAGCAUGUACGCAAAAAAGAGAUUUGCCAAACUGAACUUCUACGUUGAGCGUGAAGUGGAUGGAAGACACUGAUGUCGCCAACUUGAACACUGAGACGUUCGAGCAGCAGUACAAGACAGUCAAGAAGGAAACCACUCGCAGCCAUGUACAACAGUACGGCGAUACCUCCAUUGCCUCUUUCGUUCUCGCCAAGUUCUUCGGAAACAACAAACAGCUGAUCAGCAACUCUACUAAGCCUACCCGCGCCGUGGACCAGGUGCCCAGUGAGAUGGUCAGUCUCCAGACACUGAAGAACCGCAUCCAGGCAGCCCCUGCAAACUCUCAGCUCAAGUCUCGUCUUGAGGGAGAACUGGUCAAGCUGCAGACGACAAUGACCCAGACCCACGACCUCAUCUGGGAUAUUGUGAGAACUGUGUACAGCGAGGUCCCAGAGAAGACCGCCUACGACCGCGUCAUGAAGACCCACGAAGACAUCAAGAGCUUUGACUGCUACUACUCUGUGGUGGACACUCUCCUCGGAUUCUGUCCAGGCCUUGACGUCACCAAGAACGACUUCGCCCUCAGGAAGUUUUACGCUCUGGUCAAUCUUUGCAACCACAACGAAGUGGGCAGGAUCAUCUCUGCUGCUGAGACCGCCGCUGUGAUCAACCCUCUAUGUCGUUUUUAAGCCAUAAUGCUUCACUGCCAUGGCCAGAGAGUAAUCCUAUCUACACUCUUUGGUUCUCAUUAUGUAGUAUUUCUCUGACAGCUAUUUUUCGCAAUGUAUGUGAAACAAUCGUUUUAAUAAAAUGGAGUUCUUAUAUACACUGUG